AUACAAUAUCUCUAUAUUGGGAGACACAUGUACACAUAUGAAAUUAAAGAAGCAUUUUGACAAAGUUUAAAAAAAAAAGAUGAACACUACGCAAUACCAAACAGAUAUAUAAAUACAUACAUUCAUCCUCUUCCUUUCUUCUCUGUUUCUUGGCUCACCAGCCUAUUGAGGACGAUGAAGUCGGUCUUGAUCGGAAGCAAAAACAUGGUCUCUGUCCCAGAAAUCCUGAUCGGCACUGCUGUUUUCUGUCUCCUGCUGCUCCUCUUCAGAAUCCGGCAACGGAUCCCACCAGGAUUAAGGAAGCUACGAGGGCCGAGGGGGUAUCCCUUGAUUGGAAAUAUCUUAGACCUGGGGAAAAAUCCUCAUCUGUCGUUGACCCAGAUGAGCCAGAAGUAUGGAGAGGUCAUGUUAAUUCAUCUUGGCGCAAAGCCCGUGGUGGUGCUGAGCGGGCUGGAAACCAUCAAGCAAGCCCUAGUGAAGCAAGGGAGUGACUUUACUGCACGCCCAGAUCUCCACAGCUUCAAGUUCAUUGGUGAUGGUCAGACCUUCACUUUUGGGAGGAAUUCUGAGGAAAGCUGGCGCACUCGCCGAAAGCUGGCCCAGAAUGCCCUCAAGACCUUUGCGACCUCAACCAGCCCAAACUCGUCGACUAGCCUGCUGGAGGAGCACGUCUCCAAAGAGGCAGAGUACCUGGUCAUGAAAUUCCAAGAUCUGAUGAGAGAGAAGGAGAGUUUUGAGCCCUUCCAGUAUGUGGUGAUCUCCGUAGUCAACGUCAUCUGUGCCAUGUGCUUUGGGAAGCGUUACAACCACGAGGACCAAGAACUUCUGAAGAUAGUGGACAUCAACAAUGAUUUUGGGCUGGUGGCCGCAUCUGGAAAUCCAGCUGAUUUCUUCCCAAUCCUCCAAUAUCUUCCCAGCCGCAGCAUGGAAGCCUUCAAAGAUCUGAACCAGCGAUUCAACAUGCUGGUUCAGAAGCUGGUUGAAGAACACUAUGAGGGCUUUGACAAGGACAACAUCCGAGAUAUCACGGACUCCCUCAUCAGCUUCUGCCAGGAUAAAAAACUGAACUUAAAUGGCAACAAUGCCCUCAAGGAUCAGAACAUUGUUGGUAUCGUCAACGAACUCUUUGGAGCUGGAUUUGAUACGGUCACUACUUCUCUCUCCUGGUGCCUUCUGUAUCUGGUGACUUACCCAGAAACCCAGAGGAGAAUUCAAGAAGAACUAGACCAAAUCAUUGGAAGAGAAAGGACACCCAAGCACUCUGACCGUGCCAUGCUCCCUUACUCUGAAGCUUUUAUCUACGAGAUGUUCAGGCAUUCAUCCUUCAUUCCCUUCACAAUCCCGCACUGCACCACUAGGGAUACAGUUUUGAAUGGCUUCUAUAUUCCUAGAGAUACCUGUGUGUUUGUGAACCAAUGGCAGGUCAACCAUGAUCCGAAACUUUGGAAUGAGCCUUCUGUUUUCAACCCGGAACGAUUUCUUGCGACUGACGGGACAGGAAUCAACCGAGCAGAGUGUGAAAAAGUGAUGGUUUUUGGCUUGGGCAAAAGGCAAUGCAUUGGACAGAACAUUGCGAAAUUGGAGGUGUUCCUGUUUCUGACCACUUUGGUGCAGAAACUGGAAUUCACCCUGUCUGGCACAGAGAUGAUGGAUGCAACUCCCGAGUAUGGCCUGACCAUGAAGUAUAAGAAAUGCGAACACUUCCGGGUCAAACCCCGUUUCUAG